GCAUUCUCAAGCUGUCGUCUCCUUUAUUAAUUCAUCAUGCACCUUAACAUACAUUGUAAAACUAUAAACACGGAUUAUAACAUUAUAAUAUGGAUGUUGUGCUUUCAUCAAACGGAUGGUUGUGAAGUAAAUCUUUCUUGAGUAUCGUGACAUUACGUGUGGACUUCUUCUAAUAAGCAUACUAGAUUUUUGGUAAUGUAUCAAUCAACGUACAUAACAGAGCUUACACCAUGACUUAUUAAUUCGACCAUAUGUUUUGAAAUGGAGACUAUUAAGGAUCAACUUAAUUUGACCAAAUGGAGAUAUGGGCAUAUAAAAUAUUACAGCUUUAUAUUUGGAUCAUUUAGUUUGGUCUGGUUAAAUUAGUGAAAUUUAGUGUCAUAGUUUCAAAGGACUUUCUAUUAUAGACAAGAAGCCAGCAGAAAGCCCCAUUCACAGGACACACUCUUAUAGUCUAGGAGUCUUCCAGAGGUAAACUGAAUACAAAGAACAUAUUCUUAUAGUCCUGGAGUUGGAAGUCAAAACCCUCCAUACGAAGGAUAUACUUUUAUAGCCAGAAGUUUGGAAGCAGUUAGCUCCAUACGAUACUAAGUAUUAGAAUCUGUUUUGCGAAUACACAAUGAUAAAAUACGAAGAAAUAAAAUAUCAUGUACCAAAUAAGCUCAUGUUUAAAACAUGCAGAAAACUUCCAAAAGGACUAGUAUUACUGUUAAUUGCAGGAUGCAUAGCCAUGGUCAUAGUGUUUCUUCGAACUCACGGUGGAUUGACGAAACGGUCCUUGUCUAAAACAAUUCCUAUACAAAAUGUUCGGUCUUUCACUGGACGAAAGCCAAAAGUCUAUAGGACAUCAGAUAUUGACAUGGAUCCACUGAGGAUAGCAUCUCCAUAUUACAAGAUGAAAAUUCCACAGAAUAGUACAUGUAAAGAAAAACGACCAGUGUUGCACAAGUAUAAUCUUCCAUUAACAGCUUUGAUUAGUUACCCAGGUUCAGGAAGUACCUGGGUGAGGCAUUUAGUUCAACAACUUACAGGUAUAGCUACUGGAUCUCCUGCUUGUAGAAGGAAGUUGAAGACUUCCAAAUCAUUCGCAGUAGGGGAAUGUGUUAACAACGGCAAGGUCAUUGUAAUUAACUCGAACGACAGAUACAGACACAAAAAGUUUGAGAAAAGAUUUGCCAAACUUAUUAUUUUGUACAGAGACCCUUUUGACACUCUCAGAUCAGUUUAUAGUUCGAAACAUCCGGGACAUUCUGAAUCUGUUGAUUCAGAAAUUUUUAAUGUCAGAGGAUGGUAUGAAUUUGUGCGAGACCAUACAACACUCUGGGAGCGUUAUUACACCGAAUGGUUAGAAGCCGAGAGACCCGUGUUUUUACUUUACUAUGAGGAUUUAAAAACUAAUUUACCUGCUACGCUGAAAAAGUUAGCACAUUUUCUAGAAUGGCGGGUCCACAAAAAGGACAUAGACUGUACUGUGGUGACGUCCGAAGGUCAUUUUCAUCGAAGACAUGUGCAUAAUAUUACGAACUCAGAAAUAUUUGUUGGGAAAUUAUGGCAUAAAUUAGAAGAUGCCGAACUGAAUCUGGCUGAAAUAGCAAGUGAGCGGCGCAAAGCAGGGAACUAUAUAGAAUCUGGAACCAGAUUAAGGAAAAUUUUAGAGAAGGCUGACGAAGAAGAUAAAGAGGAUACGUCGCUGUAAAAUGAAUUUAACUUCCGACACUGUCAUGGCGCAUGUCUGAAAUAUAAAAGCGCCAGAUUAAAACAGGUCUAUGUGGUGUCAGUUAAACUGCAAUAUUUACAAUCAAAUGUUAGUAAUAUACCAUAACAACACUUAGAUUCAGUAAUAUACCCUAACAACACUUAGAUUCAGAAUAGGACAUAUUUCUUUAAUGGCAUUUUAAGUACUACAAUUGCAUUUAUAUAUGUUAACUUUAAUGUCUUGUGUUUUAUAAGUCAUGGAAUAAGACAUUUUGGUUUAUACAACACAAUCAUUAAUCUACAAUUUAUACAUGUUAUACAGCUAGUGCUAAGCAUUCUAUAUAAGUCACACAGGGAAAAAUAUAAGUAAUAAUAUGAUUUCUCACAGUAAGUAUCAGACACAUAGUUUGUUUUUGUUUGUGUUAAGUUAUUAAGUUACUAUAUAAAUAAUAUUUUAUUGUGAUAAUAAUCAAAUCAUAUUGCAAACAAGAAAGUUAAAUAAUAAUUGUAAAACAAUUGAAUUAUCAUUUAUAAAAAAAUAUUGCCCUAUAGCUGUACGAUACAAUAGAAAAUGACCUGCAUAGGUUACAUGUACUUUCUAAAAAAGGGAACACAUGUUGAUCAAAUUCAUUAUGUACAGUGUUACACAGGAGAAAGUGAAUGUAUUUGAAGUAGGUGGGAAGUUCGUUAUUCGAUAUAAAGGAUCAUCGGAAGGUAUUGACAAAAAGAGAUUCACAAUAAGUGAAUGACUCCAACAUGUAAACCUAUAUGCUGUAAACAUUUGGUUAAUAAAGUAAUCAAUUUCA